AUGUUGUUGACCUUUGGCGUCCAAGCUGAGAAAAGGAAUGUGCAGACUCUAGGGGCCGGAAAGGAUGACAAGGGGAAAGGACGCGCCGUUGACUCAGACUCAGGCUCAAGCUCAGGUCCAAGCAGCUCGGUAGUCGGAACACUGACUCGUUCCUCCCAAAUCAUCUCCGAUCCAAAUGCCUUCGACACAAAGUCCGAGUCCUCCGAGUCCUCCGAGUCCUCCAAUUCAGCCCCCUCGCGUCCAGCCAGCUUUGGUAUAACCAUUGAUGAUGGUUCAGGGCCUAAACUUACCCCGCCUACAACGCCUCCGCAUGAAAAAGAUGGUUAUAUCAGUGAUGGGUCGACAACGGCUGACCAUGGCCAUGUACCACCAUCGUCAGGGCCGUCGUCUAGUUCGCCAGCGGGAAAUGUCAAGACAGGAGCAUCUGGGUCAAGUGGAUCUGGAACAUCGGAGACGCCAGACGCCGCAAAGCCCGGAUCGAGCAAGGGUAAGGAGCCUCAGGGAUCCAAGGCCCAGUCGACGUCGAAGGGAAAUAAGCCCAAGAAAGAUGAUGACCCUAGUAGCAGGGGUGGUGGUGCAGCGGCAUCUGGCUCAGGUACCAGCCGCAAGAAGUAG